UAAGUUAAAGGAGAAAUGCAUCAAAAUGAUAAUAUUAAUAUGUGUGGAUUACGGAAGUUAUUCUUCUGUCUUUCUCCACAUCAUUCCUCACGAUUUCUUACAAUUGCUUAUGUUAGUACAGCUGUUAGUAACAUGGCUCUCCAGAAAGAAUGGUUAGCAAAAGCUGAAGAAAUAGCUGAUCAGAUAUUAAGACAUGGAAAACAUGUGUUACCAACAAUAGCAAGGUUGUGUCUCAUUUCAACAUUCCUAGAAGAUGGUAUCCGAAUGUGGGUCCAGUGGUCUGAGCAACGCGAAUAUAUGGACAUGUCUUGGGGAUGCGGCAAGUUUCUGGCCACAGUUUUUGUAUUGGUUAAUUUGAUUGGACAGCUUGGCGGGUGUGUUAUGGUUAUAGGCAGGUUUCGAGUUACAAUUGCUUGCGGAGUGUUAUUCUUCAUUGUUGUUCUGCAGACCUUUGCAUACAGCAUUCUAUGGGAUGUUCAGUUUCUUUUCCGUAAUUUGGCGCUUAUUGGUGCAUUACUCUUGGUUCUUGCAGAAAGUAGAGUUGAAGGGAAGAGUUUAUUUGCUGGUGUUCCUUCAUUAGGUGAUAAUAAACCCAAGAAUUACUUGCAGCUGACUGGAAGAGUUCUUUUGGCCUUCAUGUUCAUUACUCUGUUGCGUUUCGAAUUUUCCUUUUUGCAGGCAGCCCAAGAUGUAUUGGGUUCAGUGUUAAUGGUACUGGUAACCAUUGGCUACAAAACCAAGCUCAGUGCUUUGAUCCUAGUUUGUCUGCUUGGAGGACUUAACUUCUAUCACAAUGCCUGGUGGAACAUUCCGUCAUAUAAACCUCUCAGGGAUUUCCUGAAAUAUGAUUUCUUCCAGACGCUCUCUGUGAUUGGUGGUCUUUUGAUGAUUGUAUCACUUGGUCCAGGUGGUGUUUCUAUGGAUGAACAUAAGAAGAAGUGGUAAAUUGUAAUCAAUACAGGAACUUUGUUUCAAGCCAAGUGAGAAAGUAACAAAAAACAUUUAAUGAAAGUAUCUUUGACCAAGUCUUAUGAAUCAGACAAGAAAUAAUGAUCAUCAUUCUCAGCAAAGUCAUAAUUAGCAACACAAUAAUGGAAAUGUGGCAGGAGUUCUUUGCAAGAUUGUUCCUGCUGUGAAUUAAGGAAAUAUUGAAAUUAGGGCUCUGAUUGAUUGUUAUUUAUAUUAUGACUGGUUGAUGAACUAAAUGGCUGUAAAAAUGGUAAUUGACUUCAGUCUGUAUAUUUUUAUCGAGCUGGUAAUUAUUGCAGUGCUUGCAGGAUCUCCAAUAUAAAGCAUUUCUUAGUGUGUUAGUACUCAGGAAUGUUUUCUUCUAUGGAAUGUGCUGAUAACUGUUACAGACACAGUGGACAAAAAUGUGAACCCAAUUUUAGCUCAAUUUUAGUUGGUUUUUAACUGUAAAUUGGUGUAAUUUCAUUGUACUUGUAAAAUCUAUGUUCAUUUUAUUUUGAUUAAUCUGUACAAAUUUUAUUUGAUAUAUAAAUUUUCCUAAUUUAAAAUAUAAAACAGUUGAGAUAUGUUUUAAACUUUAAACCAGGUCUGACAAGUUGGUAUGAAAUGUUCUACAAACAGAUUUGUUCCACAUUGAACACCAUCAGUCAAUAAAUCAUUUUACCUGGCAUAUUAAUUUACUGUGAUUUUUGUUCAUUAUGCUGUUUUAAACGUUCUUCAGAAGCUACAAAUUAUACACUUUUAAAGUUAAAGUAACUGGGAGUGGCCAUUUGUUCUUAUUUCUUAUAUGAAGGUUGUGCUACUUUGAUUAUAAAAUGUUACUGAUCACAGUUUUUUCCCAGCCUAUCAUCUUCAUGGUGUGAUAUUUCUUCUUAUUGAGUGCUUUAAUAAAAGUAGUUUUUGUUGUGUUUUAUUCAACUGGUGUAUAUUUUGUAACAAGACUGAACAACUUUAUACUUGCCCCAGGUUUAAAAGAAGCGUGAAUGGGUAAUGAAUUUAGGGUUCUUCUAUACUCUGCAUUCUAGUUACGGACUAAAGCUGUUGCAUGGAAGGUUCAUAUUUGUAGUUUGGUGGUGGAUAUUGUGAAUUAAAGUUAAGCAGCGUAGGAAAAAAUUAUUGUAACAAGAGGUGGAGAUAGGUACUUUGAUUUUAUUUGCAUAAAUUGAACAUGAAUCACUAUUGGCUAGAAUAUGGGCUAUUUACAUAUUUUUGUUUAUAAUAAAUUAUGUGUUACAAAAUUGCUAAAAAUAAUAUUACUAGAUCCUUAAUGUUUGAGAUAGGAACAUUACAGUGGAAUCCUGAUUUAAGUUUGCAGGGAGCAGUGCAUCUUGUUAAAUGUGAUUGUGUUCAAAACAAAGAACAGCUGCAUUUUAUUAUAACCUUUAUUCUCUUGUAAUAGAAUUAUAUAUUCGUUUAAUUUUAUUUGUGGUAGUGGGUGGGGGAUGGCAAUAAGCCUUCUUAUAUCUGUCUGAUGCUGUUCCAUAAGCAGUCGAAACCUAAUGCCAAUUGUACAGGCAGAUGUCCAGGUUUUUUUGCUGUACUAUAAAAACACAAUAUGUAGGUGUUCUUUUAAUGUAUAGAACCAUUUUAUGCUCAGAUUGAAAGAAAACUUGAAUACUGUCAUGUUCUAACAAGUACAAAAAUUGGAGUUCUUACUGUACAGUCUUCAUUGCAUGAAAGUGACUAUAUUAUUUUUAAUCAUGAUUCUGCUGUAACUGGGUUUAUGUGCAAUAUAUAUAAAUUUUAUUACAAUGAAUCAACUUCUUAUUUAUAUAAAUUUGUGUUAUUUAUUACUAAUUGGAAACCUGGGAGGUUAAGGAAGCUCAAGGAUUUGAGUAGUGCUAUAUGGGAGCCAAGAAUGAAUGCUCUGGUUGAAUGUCUCACACAUUCUUUACAGUGAAAUGUAAUUCAUGUGUAUUAAAAUAAACAAUGGAAAAAGAAA